GUUGAUUUAAUGAGUUAUAACACAGCAUUUUACUAAACACGUGGAAUAUUAGUGUUCGGUGGUAAGGAAUUAGCCACUCCACAUCUGAUCGCUCAUUUGAUUAUACGUAAGCAACCUCCGUGACAACCUACAGGCGAAAGGCAAGGUAGUGAGCAAGUAGUGAGGCAGUUGCAGGGCGCAAGUCACGAAUCAAUGCCUCAGUGAGUCAGCUCUCCCAGCACUGAUCAGCUGUUCACAGAGCGCGCUAUUGAUCUGCAGACAGCAUGGAUCCUGUAAGUUUACAGGAGGAAACUAAGCCGUGGCUUGAGUCGACAGGAAAUCAUGACAUACAACUAGCGAAACCGAAGACGUAUGAAGUUGUGUCAAGUCGCAUUUCCGUCGUUUACAAACCAACCACUCAGGAAACACCACCCGUUCUACCUCAGAUUUUUGCAGCAAUUUCUGCAGGGUCUUUCCACGUCGUAGUAGGAUUCUCCCUCGCAUAUUCCGCCAUCUUAAUCCCACAACUAGAAGCGCCCGAUAGUGACCUUGAAAUCGACAAAGAAAAUACACCAUGGUUAGCCAGCGUGCUGGUGUUGGUGGUUCCAGUCGGAGCCAUAUUGGCUGGUUUCAUCAUGGAGUAUGCGGGCCGAUUAAACACGAUCAAGAUAGCGGCAGUGCCUUGCCUCAUCGGAUGGUGCCUCAUUGCCAUAGGAAGCAACUUUACCACAGUUCUCUGCGGCAGACUUCUGACAGGAGUCGCGGCAGGAAUGGGAACGAGUCCAGCUAUUGUGUACAUCACUGAAGUGGCGAAGCCGGAACUACGAGGCGCGCUUAUUGCUACCUGCCCUACACUUGCGUCUUUUGGUAUGAUGCUAAGUUACCUCAAGGGAGCGUACCUCACGUGGCGGACUGCGGCUUGGACAAGUGUCAUAUACGUGCUGAUUCCAUUGUUACUCAUAACAAUCUGGAUACCAGAGAGUCCUGUGUGGCUUGUGGCACGAGGGAGAGUCGACGAGGCCGAAAAUUCUCUGAAGUGGCUCGCUGGAGAGAAGAGUUCGUUGCCUGAACAACAGCUGGCUGCAUUGGUCAAGUCGCAAGACAUGAAGGCACUGGUGACGUCUGGCUUCAUGGGACGACUCGCAGGAUUCGGGCGUCCUUCGGGAUACAAGCCUCUCUUAGUGCUAACUGGACUCUUCUUUUUCCAACAAUUCUCCGGCGUCUACACAACCCUCUUCUACUCCGUCGAACUCUUUAAGGACGUCGGCAGUAGCAUGGACCCCAGCAUGGCUACGAUUCUCGUCGGUCUCAUGCGCCUCAUCAUGAGUUUCUUCAACACGGCUCUUCUGCGGCGCUUCGGUCGCCGGCCCCUCUGCAUGAUCAGUGCCUGCGGAAUGGCCGUGUGUUUGAUCGUGUCGGGGUGGACCACGUGGUACAUUCUUGAUGGUGGCGAUGGGAUUAGCUGGCUCCCUGUUGUCUGCGUCCUGUUGUAUGUCUGCUCCAGCAUGAUCGGACUCCUCAGCAUCCCCUGGACCAUGACGGCCGAGCUCUUCCCAACGGAAAUCCGUGGCUUAGCACACGGAGUUACCAUCUCCAUUGCACACAUCCUGAUGUUCGUCUCCAUCCAGUGCUACCGCGACGUCAGAGAUCUGCUUGGAGGCGCCCACGCCUUGCAGUGGUUUUUUGCAGCCGUGGCCCUCGGAGGAGUUGUCUUCAUUUAUGUAUUUCUACCGGAAACACACGGCAAAACACUGGCAGAGAUUGAAGAGUACUUCAAAGAAAAUACGAUUUAUAUCCGCAGAAAGAAGCCUGUUCAGCGGACAGAGAAUGGAGCGCCGUCUGGUGAAAUGGUGAUGAUCACUUCAAAAGCCUAAAGUAUAACCUCAGGAAAACAUCUCAUUUUCUGAGUUACAUUAAAAUGGCCGAACCUUCUCAGUGUUUGAAUGGUCAGUGUCACACUUUAAAUUAUAUGUUUUUUUUUAAAAAAAAAAUCAGAGUAUCUCGGGAGUGAGUCGUCAGAUUUCGGGAUAUUUUAACUCAAAUGGUUUUCAACAAAAAAUGUUUCUUAAAUACAUGCCCCAUUCACAACGGCCGCAGAGUUAUGGAUAUUCAAAGUUACAUAGUAAGGGGGGUAAUUAGUUGAAACAUUUAUUGUAAAAGCUGCUGUUAAAUUUAUACAUAGUAAAAGUUGAAGGUCGUAAUUUGUUGCAUUGUAAGUACACUACAUAUUCCCUGUCCGGCAAUCGUCACCAUCGACAUUCAAGAGCAGCUAUUCAGUACACAUAAAUGAAGUGAACGGGUGCAUAUUUAUUUAAAAUAUACAUUAUUUGCAGUGCUCUUCGAAAGUAGCGCACGACAAGUAUUCGUGUCUCACUUGCCUGAAUAAGUCACUAACGCUACAAACUGUUCAUGCCACCACUUCCGAUAUGACAAUCUUCUUACCACCAACAUUUUGUCAAUGUGCAGGCUUAAUUUUGAAUAUUCAUAACUGCGUUGCCUAACGGUAAAAAAUGGGACACGUGUUAGAACACGACACACUGUUCAAUAUCGGUGGGAUCUGCCCAUUUCUUUCGCAUAAAUUUUGAUCAUAAACUUACACCGCCAAUCUUAAACUGAGUAUGCAAGUUUAUCUGACACCUGAGCGCUGUAAUGGGUUCCACUCACUUCUCGCAAGUUUGUGGAACUGUGUCGCUGAUAGAGUUAACAAACACCGAGAAGGGAACGAAUUUCUAGCUUCGUCUUCUGCCUAAGUUAAAGUGAGGAGACUGUUUGAUGUGAAAAAUGUCCCUUACUAUCUUAAAUGUUCUCUCAUUCAUUAUUGCUUUCAUAGACUGCGGGUAUUACGGCAGAUAUUUGUUGUACAGGAGCUGGCAUAUGUAUGUGUUUGUACAACUUACCAGUAUUGGAAGCCGUUCAUAAGUAUUGUUAUAUUAAGAGUUACUAGCCGUUACUUAAGGACUAUAGUAUAAGAAUGCGUUUAGAUUUUAUAAUACUCUUCCCAGUCAUUCUUCACACAAUCAGGACUGAGAUUUUGCUACAAAACGAAAAAAUCAUUAACAAGCAAUGACGUAACUUUGGAAACUCGCUACUUUAAAAACUAUUAGGCUAAUGCGUGAACAACCAAAAUUAUUAAUAUGAAUAAACUGCAAAACACAUAUAAACCGCAAAUCGUACUUACUAUAUUUUGGUUGUUAUUCUAUCAUUAUUUUGACUUACAGGUAUUUAUUGCGCACGAGCUAAUUCAAAGUUCAAGAAGAUUGCAUUAUAGUGCUCAAAUGCGAAUUGCGAGCUGUACUGUACUGGACUGGGUCCACCGACAAUUUAUUUUUAUUAUUAUUUUUUUUAUUUUGUGUAUUAUAUCUUCGGAUUCAUUAGCAGGGAGUAAUUUAUCAAUAAUUGUUUUCUGAUUUAAGGCACUGUUCUUAGAUUUAUCUGUGGACUGACAUGACAAGUACCUAUAAUCCAAACAAAUAGUAAACUAAUGGAACUCGGGCUAUGCGUUAUGAGACAAAGCCAGCGGUAUUUAAUUCUGACCACCGCGAGUUCAACUAGAAGCUUUACGCUGUUCUCUGAUAGGACAGGCAUCUCAGCGGUUUUAUUUGCAGUCGGGUUAGUCUUUAGUGUGGUUCUGCGCACUUUUCGCCUUUGUUUACAUUAAUAUGAAAUAUAAAUUAUAUUUAAUGUAUAUAAAAUUGUAUCUCUCGAAAUAGAACAAUAUAUUUAUUUUUCAUAAAUUAUUUCAAAAUGAAUAUGAAGUGGUUACGUUUAUAAUUUGUUCAGAAUCAAGUAGUUUUGUCUUGUUUUUGGAAAUAAAUCAUUUAAAAGUCUGAAGUAAAAGUGGUCGCAGAAAACGUAAAAUGUUUUUUUCUAUGAAUCUCACUUGAUAUUGAAUUGUUUUGUGAGGAAAGGAAAACGAAAAAAUGAGAGCAAAAAUUCAGAGAAAAGUAGAGCAAUGCAUGACCAGGUUUGACUAUGAUCUAAUUCAAGUGUUAUUAGGGUUAUAACAUGUCUCACUGCCCAAAAUACUAAUGAUAAAUUCUGAUACACAUUCUUUUAAAUACAGAAUAAGAAUUAAACAAUUACAGCAGUCCUCUAAAAUAUGCAUCUAACUAAUUUGUUUAAACUUACGUAAAAUAAUAAGCUUUAGACACUGAAUUCUUUCACUGUUGCAAAACAUAUCUGUUACUGAUUAACGCGGCUACGACAGCUUAAAUAUACAAGCUUCGUCACCACCAUGACAGCGGCUUCAGACACAACCAUUAUAAUUUUUUUAAUGAGGUAUAUAAUCCUGUGCUUACAUCGCCUGAAGAAAAGAUAUAUUCAGAUCUUUGCAGACAUAAAAGUUACUGCUUGAGAGCCAUUUUUAAAGAAAUGAACAGGUUUCAUUGUACAGAUUUCUUUUAAAUGUUCACUUUAAAACUAUAAAUUUAAUGCAAGAUAAGAUCGUGGCCUUUGAAUGAGAAAGUGAGUGAUGAAACUCAAUCUCAAAAUGGAAAUUGUAAGCCAGGGAAAAUACCAGAAUUAAUAUAGUAUUACCCAUGUUGAAGCCCAAAUUUUCUCUAGAUUUGUGUAAUAAAUUAGAGAAAACAAUUUUAUAAUCAUAUUUUUGAAAUCGACAUCUGUUAAGACACGGUACUUAUUUUCGAUACUUAAGAAAAUGUUGCAGUUGUCUAUUUAUAUGUACGUAAUUUACAAUGCGACAUAUAUUUGUGUACAAAAUAUGUCGUGCCUUAUUUACUUUAAGAGCACGGUUAGAACGUAACAAAGCUAAAGGACACGUUUAAACAAACUCAACAUAAAAUUAACAAAUUUCACGUUUAUGUGGAGUGAUCUGUGAUUGUGUGAUACAUGUUUGUAAUAAUGUAAACUGUGAUGACUAAUAAACAAUGCUGGUGUUCCCUA